GCACAUGUAAUGAGCAGACGAGAUUCGGGAAAGUAAUUCUGCUGGUUGGGAACAUAGAGAGCUCCUUUUUGCAUAUCACAUGAAUCUAUAUGCCUCGGUUUCUCAGCUGUGGGAGGAAAUGAAUUUUAAUCAUCUAAUCAAAUAUGGGGCUAUAACUGCAGCUACGGUUAUUAGUCUGGCUGUGCUGAGAAAGUGGAUUGCGGGUAGGGUUUGCUACAGCUGUGUGCGAUUAGAUGGCAGGACUGUUGUCAUCACUGGUGCCAACACUGGGAUCGGAAAAGAGACAGCUCAGGAUAUGGCUAAGCGAGGAGCACGUGUCGUGAUGGCUUGUCGAGACCUCUCAAGAGCAGAGAAAGCUGCAGAGGAGAUACGCUGCUCCACAGGAAAUGGCAACGUGGUUGUACGGCAUUUGGACUUGGCUUCAUUCUUCUCAGUACGACAGUUUGCACAGGAAUACAUCGCCACUGAAGAAAGAUUGGACAUACUUAUUAACAAUGCUGGAGUGAUGAUGUGUCCCCACAGUCUAACAGUGGAUGGGCAUGAAACUCAGUUUGCUGUCAAUCAUUUGGGCCAUUUCCUUCUGACCGUUUUGCUUCUGGACAUGCUGAAGACAUCUGCCCCUAGCCGCGUUGUCAACGUGUCCAGCAUUGCUCAUAAAGGGGGAAAGAUCCACUUUAAUGAUCUUAACUUCACCAAGACACCAUAUGAUUCCUUGGUUAGCUACAGACAGAGCAAACUUGCGAACAUUCUCUUCACCAGAGAACUAGCACGUCGGACCAAAGGUUCUGGAGUAACAUCAUAUGCACUGCACCCUGGAGUGAUUCACACUGAAUUAGGCCGGUAUGUACAGAUGCGACACCCUGUGCUGAGCAUCCUUUUAUUAAUUCCUUCUGUUCUCCUGAUGAAGAGCCCUAAGCAGGGAGCUCAGACUUCUAUUUACUGCGCUGUUACAGAGGGACUGGAAAACUAUAGUGGCUGCUACUUUAGUGACUGUCAGCUGAAGGAGCCAGCACUGGAGGCUAAAGAUGACCUUGCUUCUGUCAGACUUUGGGAUGUUAGUUCUCAAAUGGUAGGCUACAAAGAAUGCGACUAACAUCUGCCAGGAUCUGAAGAAACAGUGAUCCUCCAUCACCACCAUAUGCCUGCUUUAUAUUUCUGUUGCGUUCUUAACACUGGUUUGUUUUUUCUUAAAGAUAUUGAUUUUCUGUUUUUGAUUUUCAUCAGAUUUUUCGAUUUUUUUGUUGAUAUUUAAUUAAUCUUCCAGGACAUCCCACCUGGUCUGUACUCAGUAUUGUCUUAACUACAUACAUUACUAUUAUUUUCUCUAUAGUAUGGAUCUUAUAAUAAGUAAAUCCAGGUGUUAUUGAUCAAUAUACCGUCUAAUAAUCCACUGUAUUAGUUAUAUCUGUAGGUUGAGGAGUUAAAAAUGAAAAAAAAGUCAUUAUUAUAUUCGCAUUAUCUAUUCAUCAGCAUGUAUUGUUUCUGCACAUGUAUGUAAUAAUUCUUUGCAAUUCUCUGUUUCUGACACGCAUAGAAUAAAAAAAAAAUAAAUAAAAUAUGACUUUUA